AUGCAUAGUCUUCUCGCUGAUACCCCAACAAUAUCCAGAUUCGGAUGUUUGUUACAAAUAUUUUGUAUUCAUACAUAUGGAAUGUUUGAAUUUUCUAUUUUGUCAGUGAUGGCUUAUGACAGAUAUGUGUCAAUCUGUAAUCCUUUAAGAUACAGCAGCAUAAUGAGUCCUAGGAAAGUAGCUGGGCUAACAGCUUUUGUAUAUCUGUACCCUAUUUGUAUUUUCAUCAUACAUAUUUCAUUAACUAUUCGACUACCAUUAUGUGGGUCUGUUAUAGAAAAGUUAUAUUGUGACAACUGGUCAGUUGUCAAGUUAUCUUGUGUAGAUAUCUCUGUUAAUAGUGUCUUUGGUUUGUGUGUUACCGUGUUAGUUAUGAUCCCACAACUGAUUGUUGUUGCAUACUCGUAUAUUAAAAUAAUUACAGUGUGUCUUAAGGCUUCAAAAGAAGCUCGGGGUAAAGCAGUACAAACCUGCGUGCCCCAUUUAGUAACCCUCACAAACUACUACAUUGCCACUUUCUUUGAAGUUCUUCAUCAACGUUUUGACACGAAGAACCUUCCCCUUGUUUUACGCAUCAUCAUGUCAGUAGAUUUUCUUCUUUUGCCCCCUCUUCUAAAUCCAAUCAUUUACGGAGUAAAAAUACAGGCAAUAAGAAAACGGGUUAUCCAAAUGUUUAAAAGCAGCAAAGCAAAUUCAAUUUCAGGUGCUCAGAAAAAAAUGGUCUCUGUCUUACAAUAA